AUGGGAGACCAAGACGAACAGGAAGACACAGAAUGGUUGCCAAAUAUCGAACUUGUUGCAAGAACGGGUCAACUCAUAGAUAUAACUUUAAAUAACAUGAAGCAAGACGAAAGAUGUUUCUUCGAUAACCCUCGAGGAGAGCGUGGUUCUGAGGAAACUGGGAUGAGUGGUGUAAGGAUACACGAGGGUAGCAGAUACGUAUCAUGUAGGAUAACUAUCGGGCCGAUGGAACAAUCACUGAUUGGAAACUGGACGCUUUGUGGCAAUUACGGGCCUGGAAAUAGCUACGAGAGAUGUCAAGCGGUCAAUAUAGCUUGGCAUAACAGCAACAAUCCCAGCUCAAACUGGCAAGUCAAUAAUCAAAGGCUAUUCAACCACAGCGUCAGUUUGAACAGAUUUUUGAAUCCAGUUGUGGAAAGUUCUGGGUCAACUAUCUCCUGUCAUAUUAUCACUCCAAAUGGAGAAGAUCUGGUGCUGACACCUGACUCCCAAUACCCAAGACUUCAAGUUGCGAUAAGAGGAGCUUCAUGUGCCUUCACAAUUGGCCCGUUAGAGCGUUGGAUGUUGGGAGACUGGACCAUUUACGGAAUGUUUAGAGGUCGUGGUAUUUUCGAAAACAGACUGCCAAUGAAUUUAGCGCUCUUUGACGAAAACAACCCCUACACGCAACCCUACAAUAUAACAGAGCUGAACAGGAUUACUCGGCUCAUCCCGUUAGGAGUAACAACAACAGUAGAAGUGACUGGCGGUGGCAACAUAGACCGUUGUAUGUACAGAGUUCCUACGGGACAAGUGUAUGAAUUUAAUGCAGAAACACAUUUUCCUGGGGUUACAAUACCUGCUGUAGGUAAUAGCAUCGUCUGUCGCCUAUCAAUUGGUCCCAUAGAUAGAAAUAUGCUCGGAGAAUGGCAAGUCGUAGGACAAUUUAGGACUAACAAUGGAACAUUUACGGAGAGACGGCAAGCUUUCUCUAUAAUCGAAGAAGAUCCCGAAAACCCAUUCAUUGAGAAGAAUAGAGAGAUCAUUAAUUUGAAUGAUCGUACCUUCGACACACAAAUUGGUGAAAACGUAUCAGUCAGUAUAGGUGCUCAGAGGUUUAUAAGCCGUGAGUCCUGUCACAUCAGGACUCCAGCUGGAAGACAGUAUAUCAUGGCGGAACACUUCAACCUUCCCGGAGUAACACCGUUUACCAACCAGAGCGUUGAAUGCGGAGUCAGAGUUACAGUUUUAUCUGAAGAUAUGAUCGGAGAGUGGGUGUUGAUAUCCAGAGGAAAUUCUGUGGACAACCCAAUUGAGCGAAGACACCGUUUUAUCAUUCACGCUGAAGUGCCAGUUGCAGCUUUCCCAUCAAAUCUGGAAAUAGUCCAGGGAAAUAAUCUAUACGUCCGUCUAAGGGAUCCUACAGACGAAUAUGAGACAUGUCGACUCACUGGUCCUCAAGGAAAUGAAGUCGCCAAAGCUGUUAACAGAGAGAGAUAUAACCGAAAUGGGGCUGUGGACAUCAUUAAGGAUGUUGCAGUCAACAGGACAGUGGGUCCAGAAGAUGCUACUUACUGUAGGCUAGAGGAUCCCACGGGAGCUGUAGUGUUCGACGGGUUCGGCAGAUGUAGACUGACUCUGGAGAGAGUGACGACAGAACACGAUGGAACCUGGGACAUGAUUAUAGGAUUACCUGGAAGUGUUUUGGUUAAAAGUCGCAACUUCGUAGUCAAUGUUAUGGAGGCAGAUUCAAAGAUGGUGGUAUCCACGACAGUCGAGAAGCAGCGACCAACAGUAGUAUUAGCGUGUUCGGUGCCGCAAUCACAUAAUAUACGGGCUUGCAAGUUCCGCGACCCGUUGGGGAAUGUGCUCAUUGCCGUUCAAGGAGUGGGAGAAGAUCGGUACGUCACCGGCUGGUCCUCCACCAGCUAUCAGUCCAACGCGAACUCGCACGUGUGCACUCUCCGCAUCACGAGCCCUGUGGUGAGUGACCUCGGUUUGUGGCGUUGCAGCGUUGAAACUGACGUCGGCACACACUACGGAUUCUUGCCUGUCAUCUGCCCUUGGAUGAUGCAGGAUCCUCAAGUUCAAACCAAGGUUGUUACGGAACCAGUACUAAAAGCCCAAAGAUAUAACAUAUUCACAAUAGAAGGAGCAGUGACGAUGACUUGCAUUAUUCCUGCCCCUAUCUCGUACUGCUACUUCAGAGCACGCAAUGGCACCACGUUCAGUGUAGACCCUGAUACGUCCUCUACCCAUCUGGAAUACGUUGGAAGUGGAUUCGACGCAGGCGAGUGUGGAGUCAGGUUCAAGAAACUAGUGGCCGGAGACAGCGGCCAGUGGAGCUGUCACGUGGGACUCGCCAACCAAAUGGUGGAACAGAGAGCGCGAUUCCAAGUCACCAUCGAAGAGCCUAUAGUGGUGCGGCACUUCUGGCAUGGGCAACACGGACUCGUGGUGGAAGCCAGGGUCCAGUCUCAGAGGGCCUUACGCUACUGCAGAUUUGUCCGUAUCGACGGCCUAGGUUUCUCAACGGACAACAUCCCACCUGGUUUUACUUUCAUAGGAUCACUGACGGACGGUCACUGCCUACUCCACAUCGAAGAGUCGAGCAAGCUGAACCGCCAUCCGUGGACAGUCGCCGUGAGGAUAUCAGGGCAGACUGUGGAACUGUCUAGGCAAACCACUGACAACUUGCUCUGGCUCGAACCAUUUACAGAUAAUUUCCCGCUAUACCUUUGGUUUUUGAUCGUCUUCUUGUGCUUAAUCAUUCUCGUCUUGGGAAUAUUACUUGGCACCAAGACGAACAGACAAUGGACUUACGACAAAGCAUCCGGGAUCAGGAACAGCAUCAGACAGAGUUUCAAGAAACCUAGAACAGUCUAGAAACAACAAUUGUGAAAACAAUAUGUAAAAACGGCGCUUUUCAUUUUGCCUUCUGUUUGGAAUAGACUAUACUAAUAUUGCAUUUAAAACAGGGACAAAGAUUAUGCCGUUCUAAACUUGUAAUUGCUAUAAAUUUGUUAUAUAUAUUUUAACGACUAGGAAGCGUGUGUCAUUCGCUAUACAUAUUAAUAAAAUACUCAUUAACCAGCAUA